AUGGCUGUCGAUACACAGCAGAGCCUACAGAGGCAAUCAGAAGAAGCUAUCAGACUUGAAGACGGGCCACAUGACCCCAAACCUGAGCCCGAGACCUCAGCCAACGACCAAGCAUUCAUCUCAGGUGGAAAGCUUGCCCUGAUUCUCGCCGCCCUCUAUGCAACCAUGUUUCUCGUUGCUCUGGACCGCACCAUCAUUGGAACCGCAGUUCCUCGCAUCUCAACAGAGUUCCAUGCUCUAGACGACAUCAGCUGGUACGCCAGUGCCUACCUCAUCACCAGCAGCGCAACCCAACUCCUCUGGGGCCGUAUCUACACCUUCUACUCGACAAAGCUCAUCUUCAUCGCUGCCGUCGUCAUCUUCGAGGUCGGCUCCGCCCUCUGCGGUGCUGCCCCCAACUCGACCGCCUUCAUCAUCGGCCGUGCCAUUGCCGGCAUGGGCUCGGCGGGCAUCUUUUCUGGAUCUUCCGUCAUUCUCACCCAAAUACUUCCGCUUGAGAAGAGGCCCAUGUAUAUCGGCAUGAUGGGCUCCAUCUUUGGUGUUGCUUCCAUUGUCGGCCCCCUUAUGGGCGGAGCAUUUACUGACAACGUCACUUGGCGAUGGUGCUUCUAUAUCAACUUGCCUAUCGGAGGCGCUGUUCUCGCUGUUCUCUUCGUGUUCCUUCAUGUCCCCCAAGUUACAAAUACGGAGACUCUCAAGAGACAGUUCAUCCGCAUGGACCCUAUCGGUACCGUCUUGUUUCUCCCCGGUAUCGUCUGCCUCAUUUUGGCUCUUCAGUGGGGCGGUGCCUCUUACCCCUGGAGUGACGGACGAAUUAUUGCACUCUUUGUGGUGGCCGGUGUCCUCCUUCUCGCUUUCAUCGGUGUUCAGAUCUGGCGUCAAGAGGAUGCCACUACUCCUCCUCGUAUCGUCAGCCAGCGCAGUGUCGCCUGUGGUAUUGUUUACGCUAUGUGUAUCGGAGGUGGCAUGAUAUCUCUCCUCUAUACGCUGCCAAUCUGGUUCCAAGCUAUCAAGGGCACAUCCGCAAUUCAGUCUGGCAUCGACACCAUUCCUCUCGUGCUAUCUCUCGUUGUGGGAGCUAUCAUGUCAGGAGCCAUUAUCACCCGUACCGGAUACUAUGUCCCCUGGAUGUUCGUCGCCACCAUCCUGACUUCAGUCGGCUCGGGCUUGAUGACCACUUUCAAAACAAACACUGGUCACUCAGCAUGGAUUGGCUAUCAGGUUCUCUUUGGUCUUGGUCUUGGAACGGGUAUGCAACAGCCCAGCAUGGCCGCUCAGACCGUCCUGUCUCAAUCGGAUGUCUCUAUCGGUAUCUCCCUCAUGUUUUUCUCCCAGUCCCUGGGUGGUGCUGUUUUCAUUUGUAUUGGGCAGUCUAUAUUUGUCAAUUACCUUUCCGACGGUCUCAAAGCGGUUAGUGGAAUCAACAUUCAGGCGAUUCUCGAGGCCGGGGCAACAGCAUUAUCCGAUCUCGUUCCGGCCCACAAGUUACAUGAAGUCUUGGUCGUGUACAACGACGCCUUGCAAAAGGCCUUCAUUGUCGUUGUGGCCGUAUCUGCUUUCAUGGUGGUGCCCGCUCUCGGUAUGGAGUGGAGGACUGUGAAGAACAAGCAGCAGGGCGGAGAGGAGCAAAAGUAG